AUGAGGCCCAUCUGCCUGGAGCCCGUGCUCUGCAACAGGAGAAGCCGCCACGAUGAGAAGCCCAUCUGCCUGGAGCCCGUGCUCUGCAACAAGAGAAGCCACCAUGGUGAGAAGCCCAUGCGCUGCAGCAAAGAGUGGCCCCUGCUCACCAGGACGAAAGCCCCCACACAACAACGAAGACCCAGCACAGACAGCGAUAAAGAAUGUUUUAAAAGAGUUUCCAAGAGGUAUUCAGAUGGUGCUCCUGACUCCCAGGAGGCAGCAGUGCACAGGGGGCCACACGCCAUGAACCCCACUCACCUACACGGCUCCUGCCAGAGUCACCCCCCAGCUGAAUCCUGUCCAGGGCUUGGGAGCCUGUGGGUGCCCUGUGGGUCCACAAGAGACUCUGAAGUGGUCCUGAAAGAUUUCCUUGGUAGUCUGCCUCAGUUGCUUGGUAAGUUGCUUCCUCCUUUUCUCCUCCUCCAUAACUCGGAAAUGAGCUCUUUUUGUGACUUGUGUCUCCAGGAGCCCCUGGAGGUCAGGGCUGAGGAAGACAGGCUACCAGCUCAGCACACCUGCUGGCUGAGUUCCCUAGAGACAGGGAACCUCUGA